AUGUCGAAUGAGGGCCCCGAGCGUGACGAACAAAGGCUACGAGUGCAGGAGGAUAUCCACGCCUCCAAGCAGUGUUUGGAAGUCUGCAAACAGGCAUCCAAGCAAUUCUCUCGUCAGAAGAUACACAUCGUUGGAGAAGUAGUUGCUGACGAUGACACCGAUCAAGUGGUUGUUACAACUCUUGCCGAUCUUUUUGACGUUGGCAAGGUAUUGGCUAAAAGCGGUUCUGCACAACUAGUCGGCUCAAUGACGGAUGAUACGCUGCAAAAACUGACAGCAGAUCGGUAUAGCAGUCGUUUUGGCACCGCAUCCAACUAUCCUGGCCGUGCACAAGUUCGCAGCACUGCCUUGCCAGCAAGUUGUACGAGCCAAGACGGCGACAACCAUACUCCAUACCUAUCGAACAAGGACAGACAAUCCCCAGAUGCGCAUUUGAAGUCUGCCAGACCAUCCCCUAAUGAGGUUAGAAAACGGGCUGCCGAAGGCGGUGGUGCAUACCCGGUGUGAUUAACGCAUCUUAAAAUGGCUGUUGUUCGUGAUCAUGGAUUUUGGCAACUCUUUUUUUCCCUUUUCUGGUAGACAGCACGAUCCUUAUAAAUGUUGUUCGAACAGUCAGUCUAUAUAAACACAACCUAUUAAUUGAGACUGUGCUGACUCGAAUUCUUUUUUAUCUUGUUCUUUCGUAAGGAUACGUGGGAGCAGGGUGACAGCAAGGCAUGCUUGGGGUAUUGAAUGGCUAAUGAGGUGUUGAAUCGUUUACAACAUCACUGGGACGAGCUUCGCUGAAGAA